AUGGCGGUGACACCAUUGCUUCGUAUCUGUCAAUUUUCUGCGUUUUCCAUUGCGGUAUCGGCCAACUUACUGCUACUGUACCUGAUAAAAAUGCGAGCUGGAACUUCGUUUGGAAGCUAUCGAGUCAUGAUGAUUUCCUUCUCGAUGUAUGCAAUUGUUUAUGCAUUUAUUGAGAUUCUCACAAUGCCGGUCCUUCACAUUCAUAAAUCUGGCGUCUUGUUCUAUGUGGACAGUGUGCUGAAGUUCAAUCCAAUUAUCGGGGAACUCAUGUCAUCAUUGUACUGUGGAUCUUUUGCACUGUGCAUCUCUAUGCUCGCCACUCAUUUCAUUUUUCGAUAUGUUGCUGUUUGCAAACCUCACAAAUUAUAUCAUUUCGAUGGUAACAAAAUUUACCAACUUUUCAUCCCACCAACCAUCUUAUUUGUCAUUUGGACUCUCUCGAUCUACUUCAAUUUUGGACCAAAUCAGGUCAAGAAAGAUUUUUUUCGCCGCGUGGCAUGGGAGCUGUAUGAGGAAGAUAUUGAUAAGAUUGCAUUCAUGGGUCCAUUGUAUUUUACUCGUAUGGAAAACGGAAAACGUCUUUUUCGGUUUCCCGAUCUCUUCGGUGCUUUUAUCAGUUGUACAAUUAUGGCCAUUUGCCUCACAACCUGCGUGGUCUGCGCUUUCAAAACGUAUCGUAAACUGAACGAUCUAACAAUUCAAAUGAGCGAACGAACCAGAUCACUUAAUAAACAACUAUUCUGGACACUCGGUCUCCAAACACUUCUGCCUUGUGUUACACAGUACAUUCCAGUCGGCACCAUGUUUUUUGUUCCAUUGUUUGAAUUCGAUCUCGGUAGAAUCGGAAAUCUGGUCGGAGCUGCGUGCAGUUUGUAUCCCGCCAUGGAUCCAAUAAUUGCGAUUUUCAUGAUUGAUCGAUUCAGAAACUUUGUGUUGAGAAAAGAAUUUCAUACAGUUUCGAAGACUUCAAAGGUGUCGGCUGUCAAUGAAGAGAGAAGAUCGACCAUUCCGGAUCAUAUAAUUUAA